UCAUGAGUUAUGCAACAAAAGCUGGUGGAAGGAAGCCAGCCUCGCAGUAGGAGGGGACUGCAACUCUGCUGCUUUAAAGAGCCUCCGAGUCGCCCUCUCUCCUCAGUUUCACAACUACAAGUUCUUCACAAGGAACCAGCCAUGGCCGCAGAACCGAACGAGACUUGUUAUGAUGGCAACUGCGCCCAGAGCUUCCAGUUCUACCUGCAGCACUCAGGAGAACACAAAGCCAUUGUCCAGUGUGUUCAAAACGUCCUGCCAGGAGAGUUCACAAGAAUCGGAGCCGGUAAAAGCAGUCUGGACGUCCUCGGUGUCGGAAGCGGUGGAGGGGAGAUGGAUGUCCACAUACUCUCUCUGCUGCAGUCUACCUUCCCUGCUGUUCCUAUCACUGCUGACAUUGUGGAGGGAAGCUCCACGCUCACCGACAACUUCAAAGCUUUGGUUGCCGGGACUGCCGGCCUCCAGAAGGUCCCGUUCGGCUGGCACAUCAUGCACAGCGGGGACUAUGAGAAGCAGGUGAAAGCAAAGGGAGACGUGAAGAAAUUCGACUUCAUUCACAUGAUUCAGAUGAUCUACUAUGUGGACGACCUCGCGGGAACCAUCCAGUUCUUCCACAGCCUUCUGAAGAACAACGGCAGCCUGAUGAUUUUCAUUGAAGCAGAGAACAGCGGCUGGGACACUCUGUGGAAGACCUUCAAGAACGAGCUGUGCGGUGACGCCAUCAAAGAAUACCGCUCAUCAGCAGAAGUUACCGCCUGCCUGAGAAAACUGGGUCUGAAAUACGACGAGCAUCCGGCGCCCAACUCCUUCGACAUCACCGAGUGCUUCGAUCCAGAGAGCGAGACCGGACGACGUCUGCUGGACUUCAUGACGGCAAAAGACUUUUACAAGUCCUUCACCCCAGAAAUCAGAGGCAAGAUGUUAGAGCUUCUCAGAAACAAGUGCAGCACUCAGAGAGAUGGCAAGGUGUUCUUCAACAGUGAUUUGAGGUGCAUUCUUGUCCAUGCUUGAGUUUGAGGAAGAAUGUCCACACGCUCCGAUGGGUUUUCUUUACUGUGUAUGUUUGCCACGAAGGAUAAAUACGUGCAAAUACGUUUCUAUUUGGUGAUUCAAAUACCUGCCAAAUCCUUUAUUGCCUUAAACACAACUCGAGCUGCGAGUUUAGAAUCUUUUGCAUUAAAAUUGUGCCUCUUUUUAAAUAUGUAAA